AACGGUUUUUGUAGAUUGCACUGUUCGGUUGCGAGUUGAAAUAACGAAAUUUGGACUAAAUAUUAACUUUAAAGUUACUGUUGUAGACCGUGUGAAUUCUAAAAUAAGUUAUUUAUCAUCAAAACGGCGGUCCCCGUCUACACAGUUAGUUAGUAAUGGCGCCAACAAGGUUGGCUUCGAAGCCGAUCGGCGUCAAUGAGAACCUAAACGGCAUCAUGAGCCGUGGGAUCACGACGAGGAGUAAGCAGUUGGCUACUCUGAAGACUUACAAAGACAGCCUGAAGGCGCCAAACAAGCGGAAAGCUGAUAGCCCGUUGAAAGACAUCACUGCGAAACGGGCUGCCUUCGGGGACAUCACCAAUGCCUUCAACAAAGCCUGCACUAAUACAGACAAAGAUAAAGCCAUGGUUGCUAAAAAAGUCACUGUGGAAAGCAAAAUGCUCCCUACUUUAAAGAGCAUCAAACCACAGGCUACAUUAUUAAAUGGCAAGGCGUCCAAAACAAAGCAGCUACAAAAAGCGGCAACAAAUGCCAUAGAGACUGUACAAAAGCACUUUGCCAAAGACCCUCCCAAGCAAACAGCUCCCCGAGCACAGAAUGGAAUCCUUAAAAAUAUGAUAAGAAGGUCUAUGGGUAAGGAGAAUCAGAAUCAGAGCUCAAAUUCGGCCAAGUCUGCUAGAAGCGACGUCUCUGGUGAACCUUCCCUGUAUACUACAGCUUUGGAGAAUAUCAGCCCCAAUGAGGCCACAAAAGAUGGCUACAAAGUUAUAAGCGAAAAGCUCGAUAAGGUAAAUUUAGAUGACUCGCACCGUUCCUUGGAGGAGCAAACCGAUAUUCACAAGGUUCCCGAGGGAGUGGUGGACUUUGACAAGGAGAACUGGAGUGACCCUCUACAGGUUUCCAGAUAUGCUAUGGACAUCUUCACCUAUUUGAAGAGCAGAGAACCACAUUUUCUUAUUGACGACUACCUUCAAAGGAUGAAGGGUAUCACAUCCUGGAUGCGAGCGCUCCUCGUGGACUGGAUGGUGGAGGUUCAGGAGAGCUUUGAGCUGAACCAUGAGACUCUGUACUUGGCGGUGAAGCUAGUGGACUUGUACCUCACCAAGUCGAGUCGGACUCAACCCGAGAAAGACCAUCUCUCGAAAGAGGAGUUGCAGUUGCUUGGAGCUUCUGCACUUUUCAUCGCAGCCAAGUUUGAUGAGCGCAUUCCGCCCCUCGUGGACGACUUCCUGUACAUCUGCGACGGCGCGUACACGCUGAGCCAACUGCUCAAGAUGGAGAUCACCAUCCUGCGUGUCGUUGACUUCGACCUGGGCAUCCCUCUGUCCUACAGAUUCCUCAGGCGGUAUGCUAGGUGUGCACGAGUGUCGAUGCCCACGCUGACACUAGCCAGGUUUGUGCUAGAGCAGUGUCUGCUAGAGUACGGGCUGCUGGGCCUGCCGGACAGCAAGAUGGCAGCUGCCGCUCUAUACAUCGCGCUGCGGAUGAAGUCCCUUGGCGGGUGGACGCCCACCUUAAAGUAUUAUACAGGUUACACAAUAAAAGAAAUCCUCCCAGUGGUGCUAGCACAGAACGCGACCCUCCACAAGAAGCCAAAGUCCGCCAUCAGUACAGUCAGGAACAAGUACUCCCACACAAUAUUCUUCGAGGUAGCCAAGAUACCCCUAGUUGAAGACUCUGUACUUAGUGAUAUCAGCUGAAAUGAGAACCGUGGCACUUUACUGCUAAAUUGAGGUGGGUCCAAAUUAUUAUUAUCUUUAACUUAUGACUUAUGUGUGAUUUAAUAAGGCUACAGUUACGUUACAAUAACGCUUAAAAUAAACAUAUAAAAUCUGUAUAAAUUUGAAGAUAGGGUUGUUGAAACAAACUUUAAAUAAAAAUAGACUCACAAAUAAAUGGUCAUCAUCAUCUAGACCAUAACAGUCCACUGUUAGAAUAAAAGCCUUUCCCAACGGAUGGGUUUGCUUAUAAACACACUGGACGCAUGGUAGUAGUCGCACGGAGGAUGCUACCGCCCUUUCUCUGUUGCUUACUGCCUUAGUUCACUAACAAAUCAAUCAGCACCCUCUAUUCGAAUCAGUAUUUUUAACACAUUAUUAGACAAUCUUGUACAAACGAUUGCGAUUGCUUUUAAGCAAUGUUAUUUAUAACUGAAGAAAAGGAAUUGCUCGUUGUAUGCAGUUAAAUCCGGUUGUCAUUCGGUAAUAUAAGGUUAACUAGUGCGCCCGCGUGGUGCUCUUUUAACGAUUUAGCACCAUUGUGGUUGUACUGUUAGUUUGUGCCUUUUAUUGACUGACUGAUUGUAAUACGGGAUCAUUCCGUGGAUACACUCAUUAUGUUUUGAAAUAUUUAGUUUUAUUAAAUAUGCUGUAAUGUUAUUAAAUCCGAAAGAAAAUUAAAAAAAAAAUGUUGGCGACUUUUUCAUGUUUUAGUGGUUUGGUUAAUCAGAAAGAAAUAACUUAACAAAGCCACACUUUGUACAGCAAACAGUAUUGCACAUUAUAAUUGAUUAACAAAAAUUAAAUGAUGCAAGAUGUCUCAACAAGAGGUUAAACCUCUUGUUAAAAAUAAAAUUUCUAAAUUAUUUAUUUAUGUAGACCUAUCACAGGCGUAUAAUUUAAUACAUAUAUUUUUUUAAUUAUUGCGAAGCUAUUGUGUGUUAACUACAUACGUUAACUUAAACUAAAGCCAAGUCUUGUACACAAGUAUUACAAAUUAAUUUUUCCAUCAGUAGCUUUAGCCUUAUUUGAUUGGUUGUAAUUUAAAUGUAAAUUAAUGAAUGCUAGGGUGUAUUUGUAUUAUAAUAUAUAAUUAGGAUGAAAUGUCCCAAUAAUGAAAUUACUUCCUGAAUACAUAAUAUUUUUUUAAUCUGUUAUUUUCGGGAAGGUAAUCAGCUUUACGUGGCGUAAUGCAAAAAAACUAUGAAUAAGGACAUCAGACGAGUUUGAAACUAGUCUUGCAAUCUUUGACGCAACUUCCCGCAAGUUUCAGCUUUAGUGAGAUAUGAAUAUUGCAUUCAAUGGAUAAGUUAUUGGGGCAGUUUAACUCGAAAAACUAAUUAAUGACGUUAUUCUUGUAAACCCUAGCUUGUAAAGUUUUGUUUAGGAAAGUAAUGUAAGGUGCCACGAUGGCUCCCUGUUUAGAUAUAUUUGAUGAAUGUUAGACAAAUUCUCAGCGAAAGAAAAGGGUGUAGAACAAUCUAGAAUAAUUAAAAAGUUAGUUAAAAAUUUGUCGAAGUGUGCGGGGAGAGUUGAAAGUGCAACGUUUUAUUUUACUUGUAACAAAGUAUUUUGUUAUAAAUAGAUUAAUAAGGUAUUACAUUUGCGGCAUCGUGAGAUUUAACUUUUUUCAACAUGUUAAAAGCACUAGAUAAGCAAAUUCAAAUUCAAAAAUUCUUUAUUCAUGUAGGCCUAACACAAUCACCUAAUCAAUUCUAAUUUGUGAGCUCUCAACAGUGAAAUCGUACGGUGCCGUACAUAUAACACGUACUUGUUGGUACUUAAAACGCACGCAAGCAUUUAUUUUGGAUUUAAUUAUUAUACUUAUUGUUGAUAAGAAUUUGUAAGAGUUUAAAAUUUUUCGUACCGUUUUGCAUUUUCGAAUGAAGCCUAUCGCAAACGAUGAACAUGAAUCUGUCUAAUAUAUUUUGCGAACGUAAGAGCUUUGAUGUCUGUACUAUUUAUACGUGGUGGUUUUUUUCGUAUAUAAAUGUUUUUGUAUAUUUAAAAAAUCAGUCGUCCUAGAUAGAAAGUUAUACGCUAUUUAUACGUCUUAACGCGGGUGAAACUGUGCGAUGCAGCUAGUAUCUCACAUAAAAACUUUAAAUUGAAAAAAAUGUGUCCUCGGUAAAACAGAAGUAAAGACUGAUGUAUGUAGGUGGUAAAGUAGUGUAGACAUAUUUAUGUAGACUUUUGUCUAUAUAGUAUAAAAGUGCCAUAUAAUUGGCAGAUCUACACGAUAUACCACCGAAAUGACAGGAGGUGGUCAACCUCCAAAUUAAUGGAGAUUCAAGUAGAGCUAAAUUUCUACCAGAGUAUAAAACUAAAAUACCUAGAUCUACUUAAAGCAAGAUUUAUGCUAUAUAAUCCGCCGCUCAAAAAAAUCCGCCUUACAGAGUAUGACAUCCAUUUUGCAUACUCCCAGAAGCAUCAACUCAUAAACCUCAUUAGCACAGUCGUCUUUGAAUAAAAGUAAGAUACUACGGUAGAAAAUUAUACAAAUGAAAUUCAGUUUCAUUUCAACAGAAAUUCUGUUGAAAAAUCUCCAAUCGUUUUUGUUUUAACAAAUAGAACCAAAAUCCGACCAAAUCUUGUCACUAUGAAUCUUCUCUUAACAAUAGAUUACGUGCAUUCCAAUAUCAAUGUAGACCGACAUUUUUUGUGUAAUUUUAUUAUUUGUAAAUGGUGUCUUCCUAUAAUUGAGGAUAGGAUAGUUUUAACCGCGGAAUAUGUGUAACUGAGAGAUCAAGGUCUUAAUUGUUUUUUUCAAAACAUUACGAAUCCAUACAUCUCUGUUUUCUAAAAGGCACUAGUUGUAUUUGUACAAACGAAUUGAGUGCCUUUAUCACAGAUAAAGAUUGAUAGAUAUAUCAUAUGGAUAUACCAUAAAUUUAAUUUAAAAAAUCCAUGUAGAGUUAAAAAAUUCCUUUACCUCUCAAUGACAAUAUUAUGUAACAAUCUGAUUUACGUAUUUUAAUAUUACUAUACUGUAUUAAAUAUAAUAUAUUAUAGCUCAAGCAAGUCAUUGGCGUAUGCAAUUCUUGAAAUUAUUGUUAAAAAUAUAGAACUGUAAUAAAUAAAUUCUAAUUGAAUAUUUUUUUAUAAUACAAGUUACUAUGAUUGUCUUAUCUAAAUUUUAUAUCAUCAUAAUGGUUCUAUGAACUUUCAUUGUUAGUUUCAUAUUAUUUUUAAGCAUUUAAAUUACACUAUAUGGCCUCUAUUAAUCCUAGUUGGCCAUGUUCGUGAAAAAAUAUACAAAAUAAAAAAAAUGUGGACAUUAUUGAUUAAUAUAAGUGUCGACCUUGCUCUGCCCUUCAAACUGAAAAUUACUAGGCCAGGCCUAUUUUAUUAAACUAAGUCUGGGCAAAAAUAGGCCACUUGUUUUCCUUGCAAUUAUUAUUAAGGUAAUCAAUAACACUAGGCAGUAACAGAAGUAGGCGACUACUUCUGUUACUGCCUAGUGUUAUUGAUUAAACUGACAAUUCAAAUGCUCAAAUAAUCUUUGAUAAAAAAUUUUUUUCUAACUAACGAAAAUAGUUUAUUAAUGUGAUUAACAAUUGAGAAUGAGAAUGUUAUAUCUGUAUAUCUUGACUAAAAUGAAUGCCAAUUUGUAUUAUGCCAAAUGUUAAUGCUAAACUCAAUAAGUUUAAUAUUCGACUUUGUCACCUCAACUCGCUUCUGACAGUGAAAAUCGAUUUUGUAUAUGAUAUUGUACAUGUAUUGUAUUGUGGCAUACUUUGCUAAUGCUGUUUUAAUUUUAAUUAUUAUUAUUAAUAAUAUUAAUGGAUUUUUGUAAUGUUUUAAUUAGUUUACAUUGUAAUUGUUGCGUGAUUAUUCGCAAUCAUUGUCAUGUUUUGUAAUUUAUCACAUUUUAAAAGAGUACAAAAUAUUGGAAUGUUAUUAUAAAUGUUGUUCACUAAUGCUAAGAUUUAGAAUAAUAAUACACUUUUAAAAAUGUUUUUUUUUUCGUAAUAUCAUUUGUCUUGAAAUAUACAAGGUUAUGUAAAACCCAUGUGUAAAUAAAUAAAAGUGAUUUUGGUUUGGUACCUAUU